AUUUUCCCGGUACGGACGUGCGUUGUACGGCGGAAAUUCUCAAACACGUUGCUGGCAACACGGGGCUAGUAGAUAAAAAAAAGUAUCAGCAGAGAAUCACAAUAAUUCCGUUCGGUUGUUGCGGUUUUCGGUUCGCAACUUAAUUUCAUUAGCCACCGGAAAGAGCGCGAGGAAAUGUCAGCCGUCAAGCAGCCGUGAAAAUAGUUACCCGCAAAUGGCCAAAUAAAGAAGCAAGAGCCAAUGAACUUGCUAAAAACUUGAACUAACCACAAAAAGGAGGAGCCGAAGGAGGAGUAGUCGAAGCCGGAGGAGGAGGAGAAGCAGGGCCAGGGUCAGGGUAUCAUGGGCGACUUACAAGCCACCAUCGAGUUCUCCGUCGAGCUGCACAAGUUCUUCAAUGUGGAUUUGUUUCAGCGCGGGCUCUACCAGGUGCGUUGUGGCCUUCGAGUCUCGCCCCGUCUGCCCGUUCAGGUGGAGACCAGCAUACCGGAAACGAACGGCCCCGGUAAAGCAAACGGACACGCCAACGGACCCGGAUCCGCCACCGACCAUGGCAGCGACAGCAGCGACCGGGGUGAGCAGUUGUCGCCGGGGGAGGUGCCACCCCUGGGCGGAUCCUCCCUGGCGGGCAGCUGCUCAUCCGCCUCGGUUAUCAACGGGAGCGGCGCCUCGCGUAUAUUUCAGAUACUCUACCGCAACGAAGAGGUUCCGCUGCGCGACAUCAUCCAUUUUCGCAGCCACUUGCUGGUUGACAGUCGUCACCUAAAGGAGUCCAUUGAACGGGCCGAGUUUUCACUGCAACUGGAGCUCUGGUUUGGGGAGCAGAACGGCGUAAGCAAUGGAAGCAGCGGAAUGGGUGGCAGUUACUCGGGCGCCACUUCCUCCACUCUGACACUGGCCUCUACGAGGAACCUGCAGCUUAACUUUCAUCCAGGACGUGGCCUUCACUAUCAUCUGCCGGUGCUGUUCGACUAUUUCCACUUGGCGGCCAUCAGUGUGGGCAUUCACGCCAGUCUCGUGGCUCUCCAUCAGCCUUAUAUCAAGAAAAGCAUGUUCUCGUACAUGAAAUUCUGUGCCCCUCGGAGUUCAAAGCCUUGGAGUGCCGGAAAGUUAAGCUGUAGAGGAAAUACCUCGCCAGGACCUUUGGAGGCGGUGUUCUUUGGACCCCAAAUAGGCGGCACCACCAAAUGCAGUGGCGGUCCUGCCGGCCGGUUGCUUCAAUCCAGAGCUAUUCACCGAGAGAUCUGCUGCCUGCUCCUGGGCGCCAUCGAACAGCUGAAAGCCACUUUGAAUGAGUUCAGUACAGUGUUACCUCCAAGCAUAAACUCCCAGAUCGGCUCGCCGCCUUUGAGAGAAAACGAUACCGCCGAGAGGUUGCAACUUUUACUGGAUCAGGCCAAGCAGCUAGAGGCCGAGGAGGACUUUGCGAUUCGAGCCAACUCCGACAUAGCCCAGCUGUGUGCGGAGAGUAUCUUCUGGUGGCGACGCGUCCUCCUGGCCUCCAGAUCCUCGACAGCUGUGCACACGCUUCUGGCCCGGAAGCAUCACAUCCUGAGAGUGCGGCGUUUUGCGGAGGGUUUCUUUGUGCUGGAACAGCCGCGUCAUGCCGCCGCCGCGGGUUGCCCGGAGCAGGCCAAUGGUUCACCCUCUCCAGGACAUUGUCAGGGCUAUGUGGCCAUUGCUGAGUUGGCCCGAAGGAGUCGCUACCUUCAGUCCCUGCCACCCCUGCCCGUCCACUGCACCCCCAUUGAUGGAGAUGCCUCGUCGCUGCCUCUGAUUUUUGAGGAUCGUUAUGUUACGUCCGGGAGUGGCUACAACCGACGAAGAUCCGGCAGUGAUACGCAGUUGGAGGAAACGAUUUCAGUGGGUGGAUGCCAGAAGCAGAAGGUGGACAAGACCCACUCCAGCAGCAGCUUGAAUGGGAUUAAGGACUGCCUGGCCUGCCACUUCGAUUACGAUUAUCCGCAGACGAAUGGUUCUGGGCCGGCACAUCCGCAUGCCAAGUGUGUGGUCACUCCGCGAUUCGCUCUGGGCGGGGAAGUGCUCCAGGCGAGUCUCACCAUAGCUCCCAACAAGGAGCUACCUCCUCCCGCUGUGGUUACUGCUCCCAUCUCUGCGGCACUGCGUCACAACCUGUCCAGGCACUCCGUAACGGGUCUAUUGGAGGAUCUCGGCCUGGACACUAGCCUUCCGGCCAGGCACAGCAAGUCCCUGGACCAGUUGGAUGGCUGCGAAGGAUUGCCCACCAAUCAGCCUCCUCCUAACAGUAAUCACACCCUGCCACGACUCCAGGCUGAUGAUUUGAUGAGGAAUAUCUGUGAAUUCCGACAGCGUUAUGGAAAGUUCGAUUACCUGCACGAGAUCAAGCUGCUGAAUCCUCCCAAGCAACAGCAGCCAGCGCCACAGCAGCAACAUCAGUCGCAGCAGUGCUCCAAUGGCUACAACUCCCUGCCCAAGUCGAUGGUGCCGCCGAGGAACUCGUAUCCCCCGCCGCCUCCUAGUCAGCACACCACCAUGCCCCGAAGCAGCUCCUCGCAAAUCCCUCGAGCCGUGGAAAUCGCCAGAGUACGAGUGUCGGACAUCAAGGAGAUGCUCCGCCAGGGUCAGUUAAGGAAGGAGUCCAGCAGCUCCGAGAGCGACAUGAUGCAGAAGCUCCAGAUGCUGAGCUCCAACAGUGUACCCUUCCGCUUGGAGGGUGCCGGGAACGGGACUAGCAACAACAACACCACCAGCAGUGAUCCCAACACAAGCGGUUUCAGCGAAUCCCUGCCCAAUCUGGCUCCUCCGCCAGAAUUCGAUUCGGACUCGCAGUUGAGGCGGCAGCGAAGCAACUCCACAUCCUCGUUGAGCGAAGAGAGUGGCUGGGUGAGCAGCCGGAGGAGCUCGUUGGCCAUUUCCAGUCCAGACACCAUCACAAGUACGGGUCUAAACAACCGCCAGAGACACACCCAACUCAAUCUAGGCAUGGGCAUGGCCAUGGAGACGCGGCUGAACGGGGAGCAGUUAAGAUUGCGCCUCCAGAAGGUACUCGAGCAGCAGCAGCUCCAGCAACAGCAUCCUCACAAGACCCGCAAGCGGCAGGCAGCUGGAUCCUCUAGUCAGAGCCGUACUCCGGCACGGCAGCAGGCGCCACAGCCAGAGGUGCACAAGAAGAUCUCCUCGGUCACUGUGAAUGUGAAGAGGGAGCGCUCUCGCUUCCAUCUGGAUAGACUGCGCCACCUGCCCAAUGGGGAAUCCACGGAGGUGGAGGAAAUGGAGCCGCCGCCCCGUAGAAACCGACACAAGACUGCCUCGGCUGGCAGGUGCGAGAAAUCCAAAUCAGAUUUUGAUAUCACGAGCAUGAAGGAUAUGCAGCCGCUGGAUGCGGUGUGCCUGCCGCCUCCUCAACAGUUUCAGGACCAAGAACAGGAACUGCCCAUGACCCUGGCUCCGCCCCCACCGGAUGAAUUCCGGGAUCCACCACCAGAACCAGCACCCAUAGCUCCGAUAGCUACUCCUGCUCCGCUGCCAGUUGCUGUCCCUGCAUCACAACCGCCCUCCGGAAAAGCCAAAGUAAUCGCCUGUCACUUGCCACCACCUUUGAAGGAACGCCAGCCAGUGGGUGCCAUUGACAAUCCAGUGUACCACAUCUACGAGUCACUGCGUCCCAUCUCCACGCCAGCCAUAUUCAGCAACAAGCCCGUUUUAAAAUCGCAUAGCUUGGCGGAACUGAAGAGACCCCAGAACCUGCAGAACCUUCAAAACCUGCAAACUCCUCAGAGUCAUCAGUGCAAGUCCCAUGCUGUAAAUGGUAAUGGAUUAGAAAACGGCAUGGAUCCAGAACCUGAUGAAAACAAGGAGAACUCCAAUGCCCAAGUGAGGAGCAGCAAACAAAGUUCCGCAUCUAAUACCAACUCCAAGCACAAACGAAAGGGUCAGGUAAACGGAGGUUCCUCCGCCGUCCAGGAGGCACCGCCCAGCAUAUCGCUCUUGGAAUUUGAGAAAUAUCGUGAAGAGUUCCGGAAACAGAUCAAAUACCAGGGUAGCAUCUACUCGGAUUACGUCCAGUUGGCCUCUGAGUUGCCGUAUUUCUACAUCAGCGAUGAGUAUCGAGCUUUUUCCCCGAACGGAAUGCAUUUGGUGAUUUGUGUCCAUGGAUUGGAUGGGAAUUCGGCGGACCUUAGGUUGGUGCGGACCUAUCUGGAACUGGGAUUGCCUGGCGUUAAUCUGGAGUUUCUCAUGUCCGAGAGGAAUCAGGGAGAUACCUUCUCGGACUUCGACACAAUGACUGAUCGGCUGGUAACCGAGAUACUCUACCAUAUCGAUAGCUGUGGUCUGAAUCCAGCUCGCAUCUCAUUUGUGGCCCAUUCCCUGGGUACUAUCAUAGUUCGAAGUGCAUUGGCCAGGCCGCAGAUGCGCCCGCUGCUUCCCCGGCUCCAUACCUUCCUCUCCCUGUCGGGACCCCAUCUGGGCACGCUUUACAAUACCAGUGGUUUAGUGAAUAUGGGCAUGUGGUUUAUGCAAAAGUGGAAAAAAUCAGGAUCCUUGCUGCAACUUUGCAUGCGCGAUACCACCGACAUGCGGAAUAGUUUCCUCUACAGACUGAGUCAAAGGAGCACCCUGCACCACUUCAAGAAUAUCCUUCUCUGUGGCUCCAGCCAGGAUCGUUAUGUUCCAGCCCAUUCCGCACGAUUGGAACUCUGCAAGGCUGCCUUGAGAGAUAGCUCCACCCUGGGAACUAUUUACAGGGAAAUGGUACAAAAUGUAAUUGCUCCGAUAUUGGCCAGACCGGAACUGACUCUAGCCCGUUUUGAUGUUCACCAUGCUCUCCCGCAUACGGCAAAUACCUUGAUUGGUAGAGCUGCUCAUAUUGCUGUCCUGGAUUCGGAAUUAUUCAUCGAAAAAUUUAUGCUGAUCGCAGGAUUAAAGUACUUUAGUUAACUGGCAUAUUAAGACCCCUAAAGAACCAACUUGACAUUUUUAAAAAUUAAAUAGU